UACUAUGCUGAGUUAAAAAAAUUACUUAGAAAUAGAAGAGAGGAGAGUCGUCGUCCGACCGUAAACCCUCCUCGACCGGCUUAUUGGUGUUAUUUGGAAGAAAGUGUCGUGCCCUGAAGUUUUGAGAGGCUUGAAAGGUAAUAAAAAGAGGCGCUGAAACAAUCAGUCACACACAGCGUCGAACAAUAUAGGUCUAUGAUUGCACUCUUUUAUUUUCCUUCUAACCGUUGCACAUAAACCUCUCCAAACGAUUCGUCUGAUACAUUUUUGCAAGCACAUAAUAUGGCGCUUUCAAUGCAAAAUUUGGACAUAAUGGGCGAACGACACUCCGGGCAGGACGUCCGCACUCAAAAUGUAACGGCAUGCCAGGCAGUUGCAAACAUUGUCAAGACGUCUCUGGGGCCGGUUGGUUUGGACAAGAUGUUGGUUGAUGAUAUUGGAGAUGUUACAAUCACCAAUGAUGGAGCAACCAUUUUGAAGAUGCUGGAGGUGGAGCAUCCAGCUGCAAAGGUUUUGGUGGAACUUGCAGAAUUGCAGGAUCGAGAAGUUGGGGAUGGCACAACAUCAGUUGUUAUUAUUGCUGCGGAGUUGCUGAAGCGGGCAAAUGACCUGGUUCGGAAUAAAAUCCAUCCAACUUCUAUCAUCAGUGGAUAUAGGCUUGCCAUGAGGGAAGCCUGCAAAUACAUUGAUGACAAAUUGGCUGUCAAGGUUGAGAAGCUUGGCAAGGAUUCUCUUAUCAACUGUGCAAAGACUAGCAUGUCCUCAAAAAUUGUAGCUACUGACGAUGACUUGUUUUCAAAAAUGGUUGUUGAAGCUGUUCAAGCUGUAAAAACUCCUGGCAACAAGGGUGAAAUGAAAUAUCCAAUCAAGGGUAUCAAUAUUUUGAAGGCACAUGGACAGGGGUCUAAAGAUAGUUAUCUAUUAAAUGGUUAUGCUCUGAAUACUGGUCGGACAGCUCAAGGCAUGCCUACAAGAGUGGCACCAGCAAGAAUUGCAUGUUUGGAUUUCAAUCUUCAGAAGACAAAAAUGCAGAUGGGAGUGCAGGUUCUUGUCACUGAUCCAAGGCAGCUUGAUAGGAUCCGUGAAAGAGAAGCAGAUAUAACUAAAGAGCGUAUUGAGAAGCUUUUGAAAGCUGGUGCAAAUGUCAUUUUAACAACAAAAGGAAUAGAUGACAUGGCUCUUAAGUACUUUGUAGAAGCUGGCGCAAUUGCUGUUCGUCGUGUACGUAAGGAAGACUUGCGUCAUGUUGCCAAGGCAACUGGUGCUACACAGGUCCUGACAUUUGCUGAUAUGGAAGGUGGUGAAACAUUCGAUCCAUCAUUCCUUGGUUCUGCGGAGGAGGUUGUAGAAGAGCGCAUUGCUGAUGAUGAUGCCAUUUUGAUUAAGGGACCGAAGAGUUCGAGGGCGGUUUCUAUAAUUUUAAGAGGCGCUAAUGAUUAUAUGCUGGACGAAAUGGAACGAUCAAUACAUGAUGCCCUCUCUAUUGUGAAGAGGACACUGGAGUCCAACACUGUAGUUGCUGGCGGUGGUGCUGUUGAAGCAGCUUUAUCUGUAUACUUAGAGAAUUUGGCAACCACUUUGGGUUCUCGAGAACAACUUGCUAUCGCAGAAUUUGCAGAAUCUCUGUUGAUCAUACCAAAGGUUCUUGCAGUGAAUGCUGCAAAAGAUGCCACAGACCUUGUUGCAAAACUUCGUGCCUACCAUCAUAGUGCACAGACAAAGGCUGACAAACAACAUCUUUCAAACAUGGGGCUUGAUCUUAUAAAGGGACAAGUGAGAAACAAUCUUGAAGCAGGUGUUCUUGAGCCAGCUAUGAGUAAAGUUAAAAUCAUACAGUUUGCGACCGAGGCUGCUAUAACAAUUAUGCGAAUAGAUGACAUGAUCAAGCUUUACAAAGAGGAAAAUCAAAACGAAGAGGACUAAACACUGCAUUUUCUAUUGAACAAUUUUUGUCGUGGUGUAAUUUUUUUUGUUGUUGCACACGACACUAGAGUGGUUUCUGAAGUCUACUUUUAAAAUUUUUAAUUAUUCUUCUUUUGCAAUUUUGCCAGAACUUAGUUUCUGUUUUCAAAACCACUUUGGUAAUUACAAGAUUUCUUAGGUGUGUAUAGUGGGUAUUUGUAAGACUUCAAUAGUAAAUCAGCAAAUGAAAUUUAGGCAGUUGCAACUAGCUAUUUCCUUGGAGUUCUUAGUUGCAUAUUAGCUGGUGCAACACAAAAUGUAUACUUCGAACAAAUUACCAUAUUAGCUGGUGCAACGCAGAAUGUAUACUUCGAACAAAUUAGUAAUUUUGCACUAUUUUGCAUUUAAUAGUGCAGAAAUAGAACAGUGAUUGCCAGGAGACUUGUAACUAGACCCCUGGUACUUGUAUCUCGUAUCAGAAACACAUUCCUGCCCUGAAUACCUGCAUGGACAUGUCUCCAGACUUCAGGAGACUUGAAGUUUAUUUGUGCCACCUUUAGGACUCCUAUAAGCAUUCCUCGAAAAUGAGAAAAAUUCUAAUGGGUUUUAUGGA